AUGAUACCCACUCCUGACAUAUCUCAUCUCACUGCUAGGGAUUACGACUUGGUUUACGAGCCAGCAGAGGAUACUUUCCUCCUUCUCGAUGCCUUGGAGCAUGAUUUCGAUGACCUGAAGGCUCUUUCACCUGCAACCUGCCUUGAGAUUGGAUCGGGGACCGGCUGUGUAUCUAGCUUUAUUGGGCAGAUAUUAGGCUCCUCGACGUUAUAUCUUUGUACAGACAUCAACUCUCACGCCUGCAAUUACUCCUUUGAACCCAAUACACACCUCUUUUGCUCAGCCUUUCUAAGCCCUUCAGGCUCAGAAUGCCUCAGGACUAGCGGGUGCAUGGGCAGGGGGCUCAGCUGGGAUGCAGGUCACAAACAGAUUCCUCGAUGUGGUCGGCGACCUUCUCUCACCCAGGGGUAG